UUGGUUCAUGCAGAAAACAUCCCCAUAAAACUCAAAUUCUCAAACUCAAACAGGUUCAAAUCGCUAUGUCCACAAAUAACCAUCAGCGUACGCGUGUCAUAUAUUCAUAAUAACAAUCAGCCAGCAUGUAUGCAAUCAUUUGACAAAACUAUAGAAAGCUUUUGCUACAUGAAGCUUUUUGCUUCCAAACGAAAAGCGCCUUAAUGUAUGCUAUAUUUUUCUAUUUUAUUCUAUUUUUAGACUUGCACGCUAAAUUCUUUGAUACUAUACAAUAGGUAAUAAAAGCUAUAUUGGCCGUGGAGGAACCUAACAAAAUUUGUUAUAAUUCUGAUAGAAGCCUAUCACAGGUUGUAAUAUUUCUGAUAUAUACUAGAAGAAUUUCUGUUAUGUUUUCUGUUAUUUUACCAACUAACGAGACCAGAGUUAUAACACAACUUGUUAUCAUAACAGAGUAACUCAGUCUGUAAUAAUUUUGUUAUUUCUUUCUGAUCGGGAAAGGUAGUUAAUUUCAUACGAUAUAUAAUACCUGAUUGGUAAAAUGUUACAAAUCCAGUAACAGCGGUUACUCAAACAAAUAGUAACUAACUGAACUGGUAAGCAUAUAGUAAACAGGGGAUAUACCACAAUAGAUCAAAUAACUGAUCGCAGUGGUUAAUGUACCCAACAAAGGAAAAAAUACCAUUAUGUCAUCAUCAAUUAAAAAAUUCUAAGGGAGUCAUUUCACAUUUUCGACAAUUAAGAAAAACUCAAAACUUUAUAUAGACGUCUUCGAAGGAUUCAAGGGAGAGUAGUUAUGCCACAGAGUUUGAAAUUUUCGCAUUCGUGAGCAGAUAUAAGCAAACGUGUGAUAUAACGUCAGGUAUCUGCUACACCGCCAAGGAUUUCUAAGCCAAGAUCUAAAUCGUCGUGUUAAGGUCGAUUUACAAUCGACAGAAUCGAUUGCACACGACACGGCUUUGCGAUGUUCGGAUUCAUUUUGUUAUUGAAGUAUCAUGGUGUAAAGUGUUUGUCAUUGUGAAUCGCUGCAACACAAUAAAUCGAUUGUUUUCCCUGCCCAUAGAUUAUCACGAGAUUCGAAGCCGCGAACUUAUCGUGUUUUCAUAUUAUAUAGUCAACACCUUUUCGCUAUUUCUCGAAUAAUGAAAAAUUGGGUCCCUACCCCUACUGGGUUCUAACAAAUAUGAACUAAUCGAAACCAAAAAAAUAAACAAGCCAAACUUUUUUCUAUUAAAAUUUGAUGAAUCUGCUUUCCAUAUGCUAAUAUUCAAUGUUAUCAAGAUGAAGUUUAUGCUGUGUUUUAUCAUCAAAAUACACCUAUUACAGCAAUCCUAUUGAUGUAACGAAUCAUUCCUACUAGGUCUCGAGCAUAUGAGUUUUAAGAUUACUUUUAGUACCGAAUAUUUAAAAAUUACAGGUGACCAGGAAAACAGUCAAACAGUUUUGCUAACCUAUUGGCACGAGUGAAAAUUGUUUCAAUAUGUCUCUUAAUCUCAUUCGAAACAUUAUUAUUGAAUUAUGGAAUCACAUUUUGCAUCUUUAAUCAUCAAAUGGCUACUUCUCGCUGGUUGUAUUAUAUAUGUUUUAGAAUCUAAACUCUCAAAUUCCGGUCAUUGGAAUUGUAGAUGUUUAGAUUCUGAUCCAAACAGCCAGGUGUACCGCACAAUUCGAAUUCUGGCAGCGCUGGCGGCGAGCAUAAGAAGGGUAUACCGAGUUAUGCGCCCGGUGGGAGAGGUGGUACCUACGUCCGCAGCCGUAGCGGAACAACAUGAUGAUGUGUAGUGUAGUUGUGUUGUAGGUAUGUGAUGAGCGGUGCGGUGUAUGGAUGCGAGAGCAAGCCGCAGAGCGAAAGAACGAGGAAUAACCGUAUCAUGUCGAUUAAAUACAACAAAGUCAGCUCAGUCGGUUGAGAAGUAAUGUUAGAUGGGGAACACCAGAGCAAUGCCAGCCGUGUGGUGAGGCGAGAGCUUUGACCUCUAUAUAAUAUAAAAGUUGAUAUUGAUGACGUAACGCGUUUCUUGCUGCCUACCUGCCCAAAUCGUCUGGGAGUUUGCGGCCAUUCUCUCGACUGCCAGUGGCGAGUCAAGUGCACACGGUGUUGUUGACUUCGAAGAAACAGGAAAUCGUUCGGCCUGUCCUCAAGUGUUUAGUGCAAGAGCAAGAGAGACUGCUCUCUUAGUUCUACGUCGAUCGACCCACGUAGAUGAAAAGUGUACCGUUUCUAAUGGAGCCACAUAAUUUCGAUAUCAAGCCAAAUCUGCAGGAGAUGAAAUUGGAACCCGGAACGCAACAGUACGGCAGCAGCCUUGAUGACAAAGCACAGAGUCUGCAGCACCUGUCCUCGCUGAGCAGUAUAAGUAUAGAACUGUGUCUGGUGUGUGGUGAUCGCGCCUCCGGUCGGCACUAUGGCGCCAUCAGCUGCGAAGGCUGCAAGGGAUUCUUCAAACGGUCCAUCCGAAAACAGCUCGGCUACCAAUGCCGAGGGUCAAUGAACUGUGAAGUGACGAAACACCAUCGCAACAGGUGUCAAUACUGCCGACUGCAGAAAUGCUUAGCUUGCGGAAUGCGAAGUGAUUCUGUCCAACAUGAACGCAAGCCUAUCAUCGAUAAAAAGGAUGGCCAAGCUGGACCGAAUCCAAAUAGUAAAUAUAACCCUCAUCGGAACAAAGAAUAUCACAAUGAGCAAAAGGCGAGUGCUGCAGCCGCAGCCUCAUAUCUCAACAUCUUUCCUGGUUUCAACCUAGCCGAGUUCACCGCCAAUCUAAGUAAACGAGCAGCAAACCCUCCAGCCUCGUCGCACAUGUCACCCGCCUCGACCACCAUCACACCAGCCAAUCCGUUCAGUUCCCUACAUUCCCUUAAAUCACAAGAAGAUCGAAAACCAACACCGGCCGACUCGAUUGCAGCUUUGAUUGGGCUGAAUCCAACGGCCGCUGCCGCUGUCGCAAUGUCUGGUUUAGGUCCACCACAGCAGUCACCCGUGCUUGACACACCGGAAGCGCCUACAAAACCACCCCCUGCCUCAACUCAAUCACUCCCGAUGGACACAACGGAUAAUGCAACGAUGGAGAAAAACCUCAUCUGUAACUCGCUGGAAUUCAUCCAGAAUCUGGAACACGAGUUAAACAACAACGUCAACAACAACUACGGUAUCAAGGCGGAGUUAAACAAUGGACGGGAUGACGAUCAGGACGAGGACUGUCUCAAUUUCGACUACGGAAGCUUGGAGCUGUCGGAGAAUUGUAUCAGCUUUGAUAUCCAAGUUCCGAACGUCCUGCCCAGCUACAUGAGUGCACAUUAUGUGUGCGAGACGGCCUCGCGACUAUUAUUCGCUACCGUGCACUGGAUGAAGAAAAAUAAUCUAUUUUCGAUGCUGAGUGACUCCUUCCAAUCGGAACUGUUGCGUCAAACUUGGCCGGAGUUGUUCAUGAUCGGUCUAGGCCAAAGCAGCGGCCAGCUGUCGUUUAACACUAUAAUGCUGGCGCUGAUCCAGUACAUGAAAACGAUGAUUCUGAACAAAAAGUACGGCAGCGAUGUGAUCAACUAUUUGACAAAGUACGUUUUGCUAAUUCAGGAAUUCGUGACCGAGUUGCAGAAGCUUAAUCUAACCGAUCAGGAAUUUGCAUACAUGCGGCUGUUGUGUGUCUUCAAUCCUGAUAACAUCCUCCAAGACAACGUGAAAAAUCAACAUUUAGCCAAGAUUCAGGACAUGGUACUUAGCAGCUUUCGAGACUACUACAAGCACAAACACAGCCGGCUGAUGUCCAGCGGGAGUGAGGAGAACAUUCGCGGGAACGACGAUGAGGACAAUUACUACGAAUCCAGUCACCGUCAGCAGCAGCGACGACACAGUCUUGAUCAGCGGCUGGUUAUGAUAUUGAUGAAGUUACCGACACUGCGUGCCUUGAACUCCAAGCGGGACCUGGAGGAUCUCUUCUUCAGUAACCAGAUCGGGCAGGUGCAGAUUGAAAAUGUCCUGACGUACAUUUUGCAGACGAAUGACGGAGCGGUUACAUUCGCCAAACUGGUGCGGAACUACAAUGCCAAUAUAGCGGUCGGCUCAGGGGGAUCACAGAUGGACAGCGACGACUGAUGCAAUUAUCGAGCAACACGCAUUUACGUCUUGCAAUUUGAUUUCAAAAUUGGAUCUAGUAUUUUUACGAUUAGAACUCGCGUACUGAUAUGAACCACCGAGACAAAGAGAUACUAUCUCUUCGACUACCUCUUAGUAGGAGGAUGAAGUGGCCUGGAACGAGAGCACGGAACAAAUACGAUACCGAUCUUAUAAACUAGUUGACUGACACAAACACUAAAGAGGGACGAUUCAGUUUUGCUAUCCGUUGAAGGCAGCUCUUAAAUUAGGAGUAAAGUCUCUUCCAAAGUCUGCAUACUGAAGGUUUUUGCGUAGCUUACUAAGUGAAAUAUAAAUACACAAACGUAAAAAGUAUCUUGUUUCUAGAGAGAUAGGUAUUACUUUUUAUACAUAACUUUAUACACAAGUAUUACUAGUGACUCACACGAUCAACAAAUUAGCACAUAGGCCGUUCUAAAAAAUAAUGUAUUGUUUACUUAAGAUGCAAACUUUCGAGGACAGUGUGUAAUAUUUAAUUAGUAUUAUCAUAGACCGAAACGAAAACGCUAGUAAACUAAAAAUGUUGUGCAUAUUCGCAGAAUACCGUCAGGCUUCCAAAAGUCCCAUAUGUAUCGUACCUGCGGGAGGUAUUUCCACUUCUAUAUGAAAAAAGCUGUUUGGCAGUAUUUAGAAAUUUGUAUAUUGAAAGGAAAUAACGCUAGGAACUGAUAGCAUAACGAAGCAACUGUUGUAUGUUGAAAUAUUCAGAAUCGUAUAUAUUUUCUCGUAGUUCAUUUAAUGGAUAACAUGAUAUAAUGUAAGAAAUAA